AUGUUGAAAAGUCUGGUUUCUGGCCUUCUUGGCCUCGCAGCUAUCUCCCAGGUCGUGGCUCAAGACGAACCUAUCGUCGAUGACUCUUUCUUUUUUGGACAGGCGCCCGCAGUGUACCCUACCCCUGAGCUAUCACCAGAUGGCCCUUGGUCAGAUGCUCUUGCCAAGGCCAAGACUCUCAUCAACCAGAUGACUUUGGAAGAAAAGGCAAACUUAACUGCGGGCACCACUUCUAGUACUGGUUGCAGCGGUUGGAUUCCCGGCAUACCUCGACUUGGGUUUCCUGGGAUGUGCCUCGUGGACUCGGGCAAUAGCGUCCGUGGAACUGACUACGUCAGUGCCUUCCCACCGGGAAUUCACGUCGGAGCAAGCUGGAACAAGGAGCUCGCGCAUAGAAGAGCAUACCACAUGGGCCGAGAAGCUAAGAUCAAGGGUGUCAGUGUGCUCCUUGGCCCUUCUAUCGGCCCUAUCGGCCGCAUUUUAACUGCUGGUCGAAACUGGGAGGCUUUUUCUGUUGACCCUUAUCUAAGUGGUCGUCUAGUGCAUGAAACAGUGGAGGGAAUUCAGGAGAACGGAGUGAUGGCCAGCACCAAGCACUUCAUCGCCCAAGAGCAGGAGACACACAGACUGUCCACUCGAGACGAUGGUCCUUUUCAGGAGGCUAUCUCGUCCAAUGUGGAUGAUCGUACUAUGCAUGAGCUCUAUCUCUGGCCUUUCUACGACGCAGUUCACGCUGGCACGGCCAAUAUCAUGUGCUCUUACAACAGACUUAACAACUCUUACGCCUGUCAAAAUAGCAAGUCGCAAAAUGGCUUGCUUAAGGAGGAGCUUGGCUUCCAGGGAGGUGUUGCCUCUGCACUGAGCGGACUCGACGUGGCUAUGCCUAACGGCGCUGGCAAAUUUGGAUCAUCACUGGUCGAGGCAGUUAGCAACGGAUCUCUUCCAGAGGCGCAGAUUGAUAACAUGGCGACCAGACUCAUCGCAUCCUGGUUCCACCUAAAGCAGGACGCCGAAGGCUUCCCAAAGCCUGGUUAUGGCAUGGCUCAAAGGCUCUGGGAGCCGCACUCUAUUGUCGAUGCUCGUACGAAAUGUUCCAGGCCGACUCUUUUCGACGGCGCGGUUGAGGGCCACGUUCUUGUCAAGAACGAGAAAAAUGCGCUACCGUUGCGCUCCGAAAACAUGAAGCUGAUCUCUCUCUUUGGCUAUUCCGCCCGCGCACCCAGCAGUAACACGCCAGUCCCUGCAGCGAACGGUACCCGAUUCGCAUCAUGGGAGAUGGGCAUCCAGUCCGCCAACAUCACAGAGGUCGACCUGGGUUGGUUCGGUAACCUCGAUCUUCCGACAUCUGACAUUGCAAUCAACGGAACUCUCAUCUCUGCUGGCGGCUCGGCGGCGCCCUCGUGGAGCUUGAUCAGCGCCCCCUACGAUGCUCUCGUAUCCCAGGCUUACGAGGACGGAACCGCUCUUUACCAUGACUUCGAGUCCGGAGAUCCUUCUGUCAACCCAAAUUCUGAUGCCUGCAUUGUCGUCGGUAAUGUCUGGGCCACAGAAGGGUAUGAUCGCCCAUCGCUGCGCGACCAGUACACUGACAAGCUCAUCUUGAAUGUGGCCAACAAGUGUGCCAACACGAUUGUGGUAUUCCAUAAUGCUGGGCCACGCCUCGUCGACUCCUUCAUCGAACACCCUAACGUCACAGCUGUAAUCUUUGCUCAUCUUCCGGGCCAAGAUAGUGGAAGGGCAUUGAUCUCACUCCUUUAUGGCCAGGAAAACUUCUCCGGCCGUCUUCCAUAUACUGUUGCCCGGAACGAGUCCGACUACGGCGAUUUACUGAAGCCUGAUUACACGUCUCGAGACGCGCCUAGUCGGUUUCGGACAUAUCCCCAGUCUAACUUCGUUGAGGGUACUUUCGUGGACUACCGUGAUUUCGACUCCAAGAAGGUCGACCCACGUUUCGAAUUUGGUUUUGGUUUGAGUUACACAACUUUCAACUACUCUUUUCUCAAAAUCUCCAAGACUGAUGGUAGCUUUGGUGCAUAUCCGACGGGCCCAAUUAUUGAGGGAGGGCAUAAAGAUCUGUGGGAUGAGUUAGUCAUCGUGGAAGCGGACGUAACAAACAGCGGAAAGGUCGACGGAAUGGAGGUCGCGCAGCUAUAUCUCGGCAUUCCCGGUGAUGAGCAUACGCCACUAAAGCAGCUCCGAGGUUUCGAGAAGCAACUGAUAAAAGUAGAGGCACAAAAGUGGCAUCUUCAGGAGGGGGAGUACAGAGUUUCCGUUGGCAAGAGCAGCCGAGAUCUACCAUUGACGGGUAUCCUGGUGCUUUGA